AUGUGGCGAACGCGCCAUCGCUCCAGGACAAUCUGUCUGUCCUUGGCCUUCGUCACCGUUUUCCUCCACCUCCUGCUGGCGCUGGUCUCGCUCUGCGUUCACCGGCAGCCCUGUGACCCGCCGCCGCCGCCGCCGUCCCCCGGGACGCCGACCCAGCGUGGCCUGGCACGCACCACCCACACCGCCGCAGGAGUCAGAGCGCUCGCUGAGCCGCCCACCGACGCCAAACAGAGACGAUCCUCCCAGGAAGACGCCGAUAAGGCCCUGCCAGUGAAAGGACGCAAGAACGCAACGUCUAGGAAGGAGCUGGUGAACAAAACCGAGUCUCUGGAGUCGGAUUUGUCGAAGCUGGAGGCGCUGUUUGACCAUCCUCUGUACAACACACCCGGGCCUGCCGUCACCGCGGACGACCGGCUGCUCAAGGUCAAGCCGAAGGUCAAGACGAGUGAGAAGAGCUCCCUGAUGUGGGUGAGCGCGAGCCAGGAGGGCUACGAGGACGUGGCCUGGAACAGCAGCCGGGAGAGCCACCCUCCGUGGCUGCGCUUCCACCUGGCCAUCUCCCGCUGGCAGCUGUACCCCCACCGGGACCCCAACAUGGACGCCCUGGUCCAGGAGCUCGCCACGCACCGCAUCGUCAGCGCAGUGCAGAAGUCCGGGGGGACGCAGCUGAAGCUGGUCAUAUCGUUUCCAAACUACGGCCAGGCCAUGUUCAAGCCCAUGAAGCAGCAGAGAGACGACGAGACCAACUACAACCUCUUCUAUUUCUCCGACUUUGAGAGACACAAUGCAGAAAUCGCAGCUUUCCACCUCGACAGGAUUCUGGGCUUCAGGAGAAUCCCUCCUGUGUCUGGGAGGCUGGUGGACGUAGUCAAAGAGAUCAAAGACGUCACCACCGACCGCAAGCUGGCUCGAACCUUCUUCACCUCCCCCGUGGGCAACGUGUGCUUCUACGGCCAGUGCAGCUACUACUGCUCCACGGAGCAUGCCGUGUGCGGCCGGCCGCGGGCCCUGGAGGCCUCCCUGGCCGCCAUGCUGCCGGACCUGUCCCUGGCGCCGCGCCGCAGCUGGAGGUCUCCGUGGAGACGCUCCUACAGCCGCAGCAAGCUGGCCAAGUGGGAGACCGACCCUGACUACUGCUCAUCGGUGAAGAAGGUCGCGCCGUAUGACAGAGGCACUCGGCUGGUGGACUUCAUGGACAUGAUCAUACUGGACUACCUCAUGGGUAACAUGGACAGGCACCACUACGAAACUUUUGAGAACUUUGGAAACGACACGUUCCUGCUGCACCUGGACAACGGCAGAGCAUUCGGGCGCCACUCCAAAGACGAGCCGUCCAUCCUGGCGCCGCUGAAACAGUGCUGCAGAAUCCGCCGCUCCACCUGGCUCCGCCUGCUCCUCCUGUCCACGCCCCAGUAUCGCCUGAGCGACGUGAUGAGAGCCUCGCUGUCCCGCGACCCCCUCCACCGGGUGGCGCCCCUGCUGGCCGAGCCCCACCUGGCGGCUCUGGACCGCCGUCUGAACGCCGUGCUCAAGACUGUAAGUCGCUGCCAGAAGCAGCAGAGAGGCGAAGAGGUCGUUUACGAUGACCUUCCUCAUCUGCCAGACGCGCUCGCUCCUGCAUGA